GAGACUUGCUUCACCGGCCGCCGCUGCGGGCGUCCCUGCUGCUCAAGCCAUCCGCAGGUGCAUGCUGUUCAGGGUGUUGUUGUUGGUCUAACCUGCACGACGAGGCUACAGCCAGCAGACAGUCUGCGAGCCAGCUGCUUUCGGCGGAAAAGAAACCCUAGUUCACUUUACUGCGGCUUUGUUGUGCGAAGAGACAUAUACCUGCCACCUGUUGCUUGUUUCUGCGCCUCCACACACGCAGGGCGGGAUGCUGUGUGCCGCGCUCAGCGCCUCGGCGCAGCCGGCAUUGCUGCGGCCGCGCGGGGCCGCCCAGCCGGCGACGACCCACCGCACCGCCUCCGUUCCUGGCGCUGCCGCGGCGGGCCGCGCAAGCCGCUGCGCCGCGCCGCUGGCGGCUGACAUUGACAUUCUGAGAAUCUAUUCCUCCAGGCGGACCUCUGUGAGGGUGGCGGCGAGCGCCGGAGAGCCUGCUGCCUCUCCCCCCGACGUGCGCCCCAGCGAGCAGCAGCAGGCCACCGUGGCCCAACAGGGCCCUGCUACUUGCCGCUCAGGCGCCGGCGGAGCGCCGUCAAUCACGGGUGGCAGCAGCGGUGGCGGCGGCAGUGGGGGAGGUGCCGGAGGAGACAGUGGCGGUGCCGGAGCCGGCGGCGGCGGUGGCCCAGGGUUCGCGUUCUUUCUCCUCGUACCUUGCCUUUUUGUAACAUUCGUUUACAUGCUAGCUGACACGGUAGCGUGGAUUUACAAUGCGAUUGCUCAUGCUAUGAAGCCCGCCGGGCCGUACCCGGGCAUCCGCGUGCCGCGCGUCAGGCCCAUCCCCGGCGCAGUGGUCACGGCCGACAACGCGCACCGGGGUCUGCUGGUGCGGCGCGGCCCGGACUGGGACAGGAUACACCCCAACUGGAUUGCCGCCGGGCAGGAUGGCGGCCCCGGCGGCAACGGCGAGGUGGUCAGCCUCAGCCCAGAUGGCAAGGUUGCGGAAGUCUGCUGGCGCGUGACAGGUCGGCGGUUGGAGAGCAACAUCACCGGCAAGCGCGGAUACCGCGAGCUGGUGGUGGCGCCGGCGGAGGCGCAGCGAAAGUGGCCCUGGGAGUGGGUGUGGCGCAAGCUUUGAUGUCCGGUACAUGAGGAAGUGGCGGUACCUCAUAAGUAAGGGGCAUGCGUUGGCGGUUACCGGCACUGGGGAGCAGGCUAGUAGGUAAGGGGCGGAUGCCAAGUACAUGCGUGAUGCUGAAGAUGGAUUCCGGUAGGCGGUUGUGGCCUCUGCUGUGCGGCCGUCGUCGAUCGACGACUGUGUGCGAGUUCGGUGCGUGCAGAAGGACGCGCACUGCCCAUGGCUCCAUCCAGUGGCGUUGACUGCAUUACAGCAGGGGUUAGCAUGAGGCGUGUGCGUGGGGCAUUGGCAUGCCGUGCUGACAGCUGUCAGACGCCUGAUACUUGUACCGUAAGCAUGCAAACUAAUGCGCUUAAGAAGGGUCGGUAAAGUUAGUCUAGGAGCAUGCGGCUUGCAUUGAGGCAGGCGGAAACUGAGGUAAACACCGCUGAGGCUGGAAUCUAUGCUGUGCUGUGAGAGCUGGGAUGGGCGGCGUUCCAGGAUGUGGGGCCGGCGACGAGUUGGGGGGUUGCUAGCUAGCUAGGGGGGGGCGGUGAAACUGGAGGGCGCGGUUCAGGAUGGGGGGGAGGAAAUUGCC